CCUGAGCAUCGGGGAGUACUGUGCGCCGGUCCCUGCACCUAACCGGCGCGGGGUGCGGGGUGCAGGGCUCAGGGACAGGCUGGGGAGGUGGACACCCGGGCCUGACCUCACCAGAUUUCUCCGGAAAGCCCGCGCCCCCCGCCGGCCACGCUCGGCUGUCUCCGCGCCCGGCGCUCGGCGGCGCUCGGCUGUCUCCGGCCGCUCGGCUCGGCGCUCGGCUCGGGUCCGCGGCCGCUGCGGCGCGAGUAUUUCUCCGCAGCUCGCUGGCGGCCGCUCCCGCCCGGCCCGCGCCCAUGCAGGCCAUCAAGUGUGUGGUGGUCGGCGACGGCGCCGUGGGGAAGACCUGCCUGCUCAUCAGCUACACGACCAACGCCUUCCCGGGAGAGUACAUCCCCACCGUUUUUGACAACUACUCGGCCAACGUGAUGGUGGACGGGAAGCCGGUCAACCUGGGGCUGUGGGACACCGCGGGGCAGGAGGACUAUGACCGGCUGCGGCCGCUCUCCUACCCUCAGACCGAUGUCUUCCUGAUCUGCUUCUCCUUGGUGAGCCCGGCCUCCUUUGAGAAUGUUCGAGCCAAGUGGUACCCGGAGGUGCGGCACCACUGCCCCCACACGCCCAUCCUCCUGGUGGGCACCAAGCUGGACCUCCGGGACGACAAGGACACCGUCGAGCGGCUGCGGGACAAGAAGCUGGCGCCCAUCACGUACCCCCAGGGCCUGGCCAUGGCCCGGGAGAUCGGCUCGGUCAAGUACCUGGAGUGCUCGGCCCUGACCCAGCGCGGCCUGAAGACGGUGUUCGACGAGGCCAUCCGGGCGGUGCUCUGCCCGCCCCCCGUGAAGAAGCCGGGCAAGAAGUGCACCGUCUUCUAGAGCCCCCCGCCCCCGUCCACUGUCCUGUCCUGUCCAGCUGUCUGCGUCCCAGUCUGCUACGGGGAGGGGUGGGGAGGGGCAAGAAGCAUGGGGUGGGCUGGGGUGGUGGGGUCCUGGCCACUCUGCCUCCUCUGGGGGGCGGGGGCACGGCUCCAGCCCGCCCUGGGCCCCGCGGGAGGCCAGGAGGGAGCAGGGUCUCCCUCCGGCUCCGGCUGCAGGGGCGGGCGCAGGGCGGCCCCAGGAUGGGCCUCCCUGCCAGGGGAGGGGGUUUCUGUCCAUGGGCCGGGAGGGGCGGCCCCUUCUUAUUUUAUACAGUAAACGUUCUCCACCAAC